AAUCCUUCUGCCACAAACGAGGCAGCGUCGGCGAAAGAGAAAGGGCAGACAGGAGAGGCUAAAGAGAAAAAGAAAGCAGAUGGAAAGCUGAGAGGCUGCGAAGGGAAAGUAGCCACACAGAAGGAGUGCGUUCAAGCGUCAGACGGCACCAAGUUACUUCAUCAGGUGGUCAGCGGACACACCGAGGGGGGGAUUAUGUCCAAACCUUCGACCAACGUGAAGGCCUUACAGGCUAAUUUGAACAUCCCGAUGGGGGCUCUGCGUCCAGGGGCGGGGCUUCCUGUCAAGAGGAGAGAGGAGACAGUGGACACAGAAGAGGGUCAACCACCAGAACUACCAAUGCGCCCCGUGACACCGGAGGAGAGGAAAAAUUUGCCAGGGGCAGUGAAGUUACCGGGCCCUACCGUCAACCUAUCAGAGCUACAAAACAAAAAGAGUGAACUACGAUGGGUCACCAAGGAAUAACAUGAGACUAGUGCCAGCCGGAGAAGAUGGACGAUAAUCUUCACAGACUCAGACUUGCCCUCUGCCGCUAAAGAGCAGCAACACUGCCGCCUCAAGAAACCGGGGGAACUCCGACAGUCGGUUUAAAAUCACCUUUAAAAACUCUCCCUGAGUCGAUAUUUUUGAAUAUUAAAAUACACAAUUAUGCAGAUUUAUACUAACAAAGUAGAAAUAUCCUGUUGUGCUGCAGUCUGGGGUUGCACUCACUAAAUAAGAUGAGUGGUGUUGUUAGCCAUUAUUUAAGUAUUUUAGUGCUUGCUUAGUUUAAAGAAUCCUCCUUUAUACCA